AUGGCUUCUAAAAAAAGGAAGUUAGCAGAAGAAAAUAGGGUAUUUAACGAUGCAUGGACAGAUUUAUACUUUUUUAUUAAUUGCAAUGGCAAACCGCUAUGCUUAAUAUGCCAAAAAACCCUUACUAUACAAAAAGAAUAUAAUGUCAAACGCCACUAUGAUAGCGAGCAUAAAGCUAAAUUUGCAUGCGUAGUGGGUGAAUCACGAAAAAAUAAAAUUAACGCACUGAAAUCUUCAGUUAAGAAUCAACAAAAUGUUUUUAAGGUUCAAGUACAAAGUAACGAGUCGAAUAUACGUGCAAGUUUAAGGGUAGCGGAAAUUCUUGUGAAGUCUGGCCGACCAUUUACCGACAGCGAACUUAUAAAACAAUGUGCUUUAGUCAUGGCUGAGGAGGUGUGCCCCGACCUAAAAAAAAAAUUUGAAAAUAUAAGUCUUUCUGCAAGAACGUGUACCCGGCGAACUGAAGAUUUGGGCGAUAAUUUAUGUCAGCAACUCCGGGAAAAAGCACAACAAUUUGAAUGGUUCUCUUUAGCUACCGAUGAAAGUAAUGAUGUUACUGAUACUGCCCAGCUUUUAAUAUUUGUUCGCGGAAUCGAUAAGAACUUUAAUGUCUAUGAGGAGCUUUUACAUUUAUGUAGUUUGAAGGGCACGACUACCGGAGAAGAUUUGUUUUGUAACUUAGAACAAGCGCUAGUAUCAAUGCAAUUACCAUGGGAAAAAUUGGUAAGUGUUACAACUGACGGAGGCAGGAACAUGAGUGGACAAAAUAAGGGUUUGGUAGGUAGAAUCAAAUCGAAACUGGCAGAGAUAGGAUGUGCCAUCCCAUUAUUUUUCCAUUGCAUCAUCCACCAAGAAGCGUUAUGUUCCAAGGUCGUAUCAUGGAAAGAAGUAAUGGACAUCGUGGUAUCGACUGUAAACUACAUCAGAAAAAAUGGAUUGACUCAUCGUCAAUUUCAACAGUUUCUGUCAGAUACGGAAGCAAAUCAUCGAGAUGUUGUUUAUUAUUCUGAAGUGCGAUGGUUAAGUAGAGGCGCAGUGCUAAAAAGAUUUUUUGAUCUCAGAAAAGAAAUCAAUACUUUUAUGAAUGAAAAAGGCAAAUCUAUUCCAGAGCUGACAGACACUCAAUGGUUAAUAGACCUUGGAUUUUUGACAGAUGUAACUCAUGAAUUAAAUACGCUAAAUGUGAGGCUUCAAGGUAAAAAAAACUAA